AUGUGUAUCGCAUUAAUAUCAACGUCUCACCCCGAUUACUCUCUCAUAAUCAUAAAUAACAGAGAUGAAUACCUCCGCCGCCCAACGCACCCCGCAAGCUGGUGGCCAGCCCCCAACUCGCAAGUCCUCGGCGGCCGCGACCUCGCCCGCAAAACACAAGGCACCUGGAUGGGCGUGACGAAGACCGGAAAAGUCGCCAUCCUCACAAACUACCGCGAGAGCACGUCCGACGCCGCAACGGGGCAGCAAUCCCGCGGCGCAAUCGUGAACAGCUGGUUAACACGGACCCCCGAUGACCCGACAACCACGUACGUUGAAGAAAUGGUUGCUUCGCCGACGGCUAGGAAUGUUGGCGGGUUUAGCCUGGUCUGCGGCUACGUUAACGAGCCGCUGGCGAUUGUGUCGAACCGGUCGAGUGAUAUGGAGCAGAUUACCUGGAUUGCGGGGGAGACGGGCCAGACAAAGGGGCUGAGUAAUACUGUCUUUGAUGAUCGGAGUUGGCCGAAGAUUCUGGAUGGGGAGAAGUUGGUUGAGGAGGCGAUUGGAAAGCACGUUGAGAGGAAUGAGGGCGAGGAAGAGUUGAUUGAGAGGUUCUUGGAGGUCUUGAAUACGAAUUCAUUACCAGCGUUGGACGAUGAUGCGACGGCGGAGGAUUAUCUUCCGUAUUUCCGGAGGAGCAUUUUCAUUCCCCUGAUUGGGACGAAGGAAAAGUCAAAGGCACCCUCUGCUGCUGCUGAAAUCGCGGCACCGCCAUCGUCGUGCGUUGAAGGGCAUGGAGCGGAGGCAGCACCUAUCAAGAAACAGGCUGAUGAUGGACACGACAUCCUGGACAAGUCAUACCUGCACGGUCCGUACGGGACGCAGAAGCAGACUGUUAUCCUAGUCCAGAAGGAUGGACGAGUCAAAUAUUUUGAACGCACGCUAUACGAUCAGGAAGCCAACCCGGUCCCUGUUGGUGAGGGAGACAGGACAUUUGAAUACCAGGUGGCUCGGUGA